UGCAGCUCUUCCCCAGUCUCUUUUGUCCUCAUCUCUACCAAACCAUCCCUCUACCUGUGGUACCUUCAGGAUGAAUACCUCCAUCACCAGCUCCAUACGCGCAAUUUAGUUCCAUCUGGAGGAAUUAUUUCCGUAUCUCGCAGCGUUUGAGGCUGUCGAAGACGGCUGUCACUGAUUUUUUUCCUUUCCCCCCGUCGUUCAAUUCAAUUCAAUUCUCUUUCUUUCUUUCUAAUAAGGGCCCAAUCUUCCCCUCCUGGAAUAUUUCUCUCCAGACUUUCUUCGACCUUCAUUCACUGCUCUCAUCCCCAGACAAUUCCCCCACCAGAGCUGGGGACCCCUCAGAAAUACUGCUUCUUGACCAGACUCGCCCUGCAUCUCUUUGGCUUACGAUUGCCGCAUCUGCUGGCCAGCAGGAGAGAUGGAUUCAACGCAGGCCGAGCGGCUCAAAAGGCUGCAGAUGGCAGAUUUAGGAACGGCUAGACGGGAGCACAUCUCAACAUCAGAUACCAAGAGAUUUAGAGAACGUUUGGAGGAUAUCGAAGCACUUCGGAUGACCAAUACGGCGGGAUCAGAAGCUCAUAGAUUGGCCAAGAAAAAUGAGGGAAAACUUUCUGGUUGGGCAAAUGUGUACAAGGAAUUAGGGGACACCGAAGAUCUGGAGGACCUGGACCCGUUACUUCACGGUCAGAGCCAUCGUGCGCAACUUAAUGCCAUAAUUCACGAAAGCGGUGGCCAGAGCUAUGACUUAUCUUCCAAGAGGAGUGGUAAUCAUUCCAACUCUACCCGAGCAACAUUUGGAGGCCGUGGUGGUGGUGUUAUAGGGACAAGAGGGCGGGGCUCCAGACAGCCUUCAGUUGUUGGUGGCCACACAAGCGCUACGCCGAGUGCUUCGAGCAGAACAUCUAGCCAGGGGGCUGUCUCGAAGUUGGGACAUCACAUAGUCCAGUUGCCUCCUGCCCGGAGCCGUCCACUUGAUCCUGCACUUGAUAUCAACAGCAGCAACAUUUCUCCGAAACAAGGCCAGAGCAUGCCGCAAAAGUUCAAAGAAAAAUUCAAGAAACCAGAGCAGCCCUUUAUCAAAACGAGGCGACCUAUGAGCAUUCCAUCAAGUCUCUGCUCCCCUGAAGACUUCCUUGCUGCUGCUCGUAGCGUCAGCAAUCGAUCGUCUGUUGAAAACUCUCCCAGGGCCAGCAAGACACCUGACGAAAAUGCAUCCGCGACAAACAAGAAGGCGUCAGAAGAUAACGACAAAAAGGAAAAGGUGCCACAAAAGAAGGCCACCGAUUCACUUUUGGGUCAGCCUUCCAUUUCUUCUGUUCGUUUAGAGGAGCAAUCCAGGGCAAUUCCUAGUCCAAGACCUUCUGUUAAUAGUCCUAGUAUUGCUGCAAAGUCUGAUGUACCCCAUGUAUCUGUUUCUGCCCCUGCAGCAAAUGCGCGUGUGGCAGAUGAUCAAGACGGUCUUUCUGAAGUAAUGAGCCUAGAGACUCCUUCUGAGAGUGGCUCGGUGGUUGUGAAAACUGCAACUGAAGAGCCACGACUUGAAGAUCUUUCUUCAAAGGUACUUCGGUUGUUACCCAUGGACAUUCCUACCACGAAACAAAAUGAGGAGCCCAAAGGCGUUCCUGAUGCUGCCGAGGAAUUGCUCCUCGAUUUCAGCACCACGCCACCUAAGGAAGGAAAGUCGGAGGUGGCAAUGCUCAUGAGCCCGAUCUUUGAGGAUCUGAAAGGAAUAGACUUCCAGCAAGGCUCUUCGGAUGCUCCUAAUACCCCAUCGUCUUCAUCUUUCCCCAGCCCCAGAAGAAGGCUUAGCUUCAAGGAAUCCUCUAUGAUAAAGAAGGAAGAAGAUCGAAAGGUUGACGAAUCUACCUCUGCCACUUUACCCAAGAACGAUGGCCCCGUUGGUGCGUUACAACACGAGAUCGCAUUGCUCGAAAAACUCAUGGAAAGCACGUCUCUCUCGGAUCGGUACUUGCAAAAUCUGAAGGAAUGCAAGCAAGUGCUCGAAAAAGAGCUUGAGAAAGAGCGUCGUAUGGCCACGCAAGAUUCGGCAAAGUCUUCGGCUCCAUCUACAGAUAACCAACCCCGAGAAGCCACCCAUCAGUCUCAUUUGACUGACACGCCUGGGAAGGCCACGAACAACGAGCCUGAGCCAACCAAAACGACAGAGGAACCAAAGGUCGAUUCUAAGGAAGCACAGUCGCUCUCUUUGCCAGUUGAAGGUACUCCCUCCGGUCAACGCAUCAAGAAAUUGGCCUUACCCGAAGAUAGCCCUAGCAUACGGAGUCUUAGGAAUGCUGUUUCAGCAGCACCCUUUGUUCCCACCAGGGCCACAAGUUUCACCAAAUACCGUUCUCCAACAAACAGUAUUUCAAGCGACUCAACGAGCUUCCAGUCUACAAUUGGGCCAACUCAUUCUAAGCGAGGCUCAACCAGUAGCCUGCUUGGAGACGGCCUGCUUCCAGGCAGAUCAGCUUAUUCUACACAAGGCUCGUUCAAUAUUAGCAAGAUUGGAGAUGGUUUGCUUCCGGGCAGGCAGACCUAUUAUGAGCAAAAUUCGGAGAGUCCGGAGAGUCGUCUGAGUGUCGGGGACCAUCUACUUCCAGGCAGAGGUGGUCGCUCAGUUUCUGGGGUAAACAAGGACACCUUAUCAUUGUCAAAGCAUCAUGCAGACGAGCGACACGAGUCCAAGGUGAAGUUUUCGUUUCCAGAUCGAUCCACGAAAGUGAAGCCUUCGGUUUUCAACGACACUAGCUCUACGAAUUCGCCUACUCAGCCAGGAUCUCCUAAGGAGGCUUUACAGCCACUGAAUGUCGAGAACAUUUCUACGUAUCCCGCAGAAAACAAGCCUAAGACUGCAGCCAACGCCGAAAAACCAGGAGUACUAACAACUCAACCCGCCCUCUCCACGGCCCCAGCAUUCAAGACUUUGCAAAAGCCUGACGUCGGUACGGGUGCCUUAGGGCAGUCCCUUUUCGCCCCCAAGGCUAAUACGAUGUCCAAGUCUAUCCAUGCCCCCAAGGAAAUAGAGGAAAACCGUUUCCCUGUAGCGAGAUCUACUAGUUCUGUUUUCAAAGGAGGUCUUCAAAGCUCACGGUAUGCGGUUUCUGAUAAUCAUAAGCCCCUUUGUUGAAAUCCAAUGUCUUUUGUUAUUGAUCGAAUGACAACAAAAGGCAAUCUAGUCCCUGUGCGCCAACAUCUAAAGUACAAUGGUUGAUGGCAGGCAUAAUUGCAAUUGUGCUACUGUGGAUUAUCGUAUCUUCGGACCAUCCUUUUUUAAUCAUUUGCGCCUGUCUUUUUAUUCCUUUCUAUCUGAGAUGAUUUCUUUCAAAUUUUUCUGUACGAUUUCAUUUCCUUCUGCGGUUCGGGUUUGCGCUAUGUAAUUUCUACUUCCCCAUCUCAGUCUCCUUUUCGAAUACCGAACGGGGGGUUUUUUUCUUUUCAAUUGGCAUUGUUUUCUUUUCUGAAAUGAUUCAAAAAACGAGCAAAAAAAGGAAUAUGUAUUUUACGCAUGUCAUGUUACUAGGGCUAGAACUCCAGGAGAAUUCAGAUCCAUUCGUCUUC